GGCACGCGCUAUACAUGCACACUAUAGCUAGCUAGCCUGACGAGAUCUAGGCCGUCUGAUAGUAUAUAAGCGUACGCAUAUAUAGUAUGGCCUCUCCUCGUUAGAUCACUCUAGCUCCUCCUUGGCAACACUUUGAGCAAGAGCACACUUCUUCUGGCCAGAUCGAGUGACUCUUCAGGGGCCCGGGGAAUUAAUGGCGCCCUGGUGGACGAAUCUCAAGAAACUGUUUCGUGAGCACGACUUAGAGAAGAAUGGAGAGUACGUCCCUGGAGAGCCGUUCCUAACAGAAUAUGAGCUCAAGAAUGUAAGUCCACGUUGCCGGGAUCUACAUUCUUACUAUCUGCAAGUGUUCCAACGUCAACAGGGUAUAAAUCUGUCCAUCGAGCACCACCACUUCCAUCAUAGUGAUGGUGCUCUUAGCAUCACGGUGCCUUGGUCGGAUUUGUGGAAUUUAUACAACCUCAAGGAGCUCAACGCCUCGCUUAUGAGAUGCUGGACAUUGCACCUCAUCAAAAUUUUCGAGGAAGAAGAAUUUCCAAUUGGGUUCAUGGACCCACAUUGGAUGUCUGGUCAAUCAAUUGAGGCCGAUCGGAAUAAGAGCAGGAAUUAUGUGGCCGAUGCACUGGCGGCACAUACUCAACGGGGGAAAGAGAUGAUAAUUGUUGCAUACUACAGUGUUGAGUACGAUCAUUGUAUCAUGAUCGCUAUUUUUCCGUCCGAGAACAGUGUUAGUUACCUUGAUUCCACGCAGGGUAACAACUGGAGCAAUGUGGCGGAGUUCAUAGAUGAGGCAUGGUCUCUCGCUCGUGAUAAGAAAGGAUUGGAAUCCGGAAACCCCAAACUGUCCCACGACUUCGAGGGCAUGUGUCUCCGAAAACAGGUAUUGGUGGAAUGUGGUUUCUCUGUAUGCCAUAAGAUGUUGUCAUUUGUCGAAAAUAUAUUCGCUGAAGAAAAGAUCACCAAGACGAUGUUGGUGGAGUGCGACAUGAAGAAGAUUAGGAACCAAUUAUGUGACUUCCUCAUGGAAGAAUUGGAUGCCAGCAGUUCAGAACUCGUCACAUCGAAGCUUGAAGAGUGUAGUCUCGCGUCCUCAAUGAGCGAAUAGGAUGGCGCACCAACAGCCUGGCACGAGGCUCCGCGGAAGCGUUCUUUCCUAUAAGGGGAUCUCUAUGUGGUGCCUUCUGUUGCAAAUAAAAUUGUACGUCGCGGCCCAGCUGGUGUGAUGCUGCCGCGGCAGCAUGCAUUUCGUUGUUUUUUGUUUCCUGCAUUUCAAUUUCUGCCAUGGUUGUUAUGCGGCGGAUCUUUUACUUUCACGAGAGCACGAAUGUUGUGUGUGCCGUGCAUGUAGAACUCGAUUGCUCGCACGAUUCGCCGUGGGAUGGCACGGCCAGUCCGGAUCGUGAGACGGGUUCUCUUGCUUAUGAAUAAAUGAGAAACAACCCUCAAAUGCAGCUAA